CCAUUUGAGGUUAUUUGUAAAAUUAAUUCUGGCAACCCUGUUCCUGAUCGGCUUUUUCCCUCCAAAACUGUUAGCUGUCUCGUUCAUCCGUCACAUUUUCAAUCUAGCUAGGCAUCGACACGAAAUUGUUCCCAUAACGAAAACAUAUUUAUUUAGUUUGCCCAAAAUAUGUUUGUUCUUUUUUAUUUUACCGUUGGUGAACCUGGUAUAGGGACAAUUAGUUCAGUUAAGAGUCCAAUUCUGACAGACGAUGAAAAAGAAGACGUGAUUUCAACAGUACAAGAAAUAUGGAUUAGAGAAAGAACCAAACUAGUGAUCAGGUGGCCCAAAGAUUUCAACUCAGCAAUCUGCGAAAGAGUUUAUGAGAAAAACAAUCUUGUUGAUUGUGAUCACAGACCUGGAGUUGCUGUGGCAAUAUCGAGUAACCAAGAAAACCUGCUUCAACUCAGACAACACCUCAUUCUUGAUCAAUCUUCAGCAAAGAAGAAUGCAAAUGAGCUACGUGGCACAAAACAGAAGACAAGAAGGUUUCUUGUGUAUCCUGAAGGCGACAACACUCAAGAAGCAUCAUUUCCAGUAGUAGCUAAGAAAAGAAAACCCAACCCUGCAGAAAAACAACUUGUUAAAGUAAAACAUUUGUCUUUAAUGUGUUUACGUGUCCUGCCAUUUUGUGCUCUUUUGAUUGUCACGUGUUUCAAUUCCUCUCAUGCCGUGGGAAAUGUUUUUAUGGUUUCUUAAACGUACGUAAGCCUAUUUCCCACCUAGUUGUUCAUACUUGUGUGAAUUUAACCUUACUGCCUUAAUUUGCUGCCCUUGUUUCUGUUUUAAAGCCAAAGUUUCUGAAAUUUACGCAUUUCCCAGUCGAAUUUCACACUUGUGUGAAUUUUCCCUUAAUGCCUUAAUUUUUCCCCUUUUGUUUUUAAAGCCACGUACAAUCUAGAGUGACAUCAAUACAAUUCAUUUUGUCUACAAA